ACUACUGAUACUCAACAGAUCAGCAUUCGCCAAACCACACAAGGACUUGAUAGAAAAUUUCUCAAACGACAUGACAAACCUUAAAGACAUUCUUAUAUUCUACGAGAAACUACAGGAAAAAUUCUACCAUCUAUUACCUUUCUUCACGUUCAUAAAAGAAAACGAAGAAACACUGGAACAAACCGAAGAUUUCAAUAAAGUGAAAGAAUUCAAAACAGGCCUAUACCCAACCUUGCAAAAUGAAAACGUUUUCGAUAUAUUGAAAAAACAGGAUAUACUUGAGGAAAUACAAGAAUAUUUUAAACUUUUCGAAAACAUCUAUUCCGGUGUAAGACGAUAUUUAGAUUCAAUACGUACAAAAUUCCCUAGAUUCUACUUCCUAUCCAAUGAAGAACUGAUAGAAAUACUAUCAAAUAUAAUAUUGGACGAAAAAAUAAUCCAAAAAUACAUGAAAAAAAGCAUUGAGGGUAUAACAGAGUUGAUAAUUCGAAACAAAAAUAUCAUCGGAAUAAAAAGUAGAUACAAUGAGGAAAUCUACUUGAAGAACUACGUAACUAUUGAUAGGAAAUUAGUAAACGUUUUUAUUGAAACCGAGGAAGCUUUACAUAAAAAGAUGAUGCAAGAAGUAUCAACAGCUACUAAAAGUGAUUUGAAUGAUGAAAAAAUACUUUCGGAUUCUUUAGGACAAGUUCUCUUCAUCGCAUUACAAAUAUUCUGUACAUUCCUCAGUCACCAAGUGAUAAACGGUCAUAAAAACAAUUUGAAAGACAUCAGUUCAAUGGUGGAAAACUAUACACAGUGGAUACGGAAAAACAAAGAACAAAAUUCAAAGAGGAAUGUAUUAAAAAGCAUCAUCAUAUCUUUAAUACAACAGGAAGAUUUCUUAAUGAGGAUUUCAACAGAGAAAAUCAAAGAAAACGAUUUUAUUUGGCUAACAAGAUUAAAGUAUUACUUGGAAAACGAUAUCUGUAUUCUCAGAGUGUUAAAUCUUUCAUUCACCUAUGGAUACGAGUUUUACAGUGAUUUUUCACCAGGUAUAUGCACCCCUUACACCGAACGAUGCAAUAUAAGUUUGAUAUCCGCCUACAGCAGGUAUAAAUAUGGAGCCAUACAGGGUGAAGCUUGUUCGGGUAAGACAGAAACCUUCAAAAACCUCGCUGUUGCCCUUGGCGUUCACUAUAAGAUCAUUUCAUGCUCAGAUUUCUUAACUUUCAAAAUAUUACAAAGGCUCUUGCUCGGUUGUUCCAAGGGAAAUAUGUGGCUGUGUUUAGACGAAAUGAACAAGAUCGAUUUCAGCGUUUUAUCUUCGAUGUCCGAUCUGCUUCGGGAUUUCAACCGUUUAAAAAUCGUCGAAGACGAUAGAAGAAUACGAAGUUUCGUCUGUAUGACCCUCAGUCCCACCUUCCCGAGUUUAUCGAAGCUACCGAUGACUUUCAAGAGCCAAUUUAGGAGUAUCUGUAUGAUUCAGAUGGAUUUGUGCAUGUUGAGUGAGUUAACGUUGACUGCUUUGGGUUUUAAAAGUGCCAAGUAUUUAUCCAAAUGUAUAGACUGUUUAUUUAAAACAUUAACUGAUGUGUUAACGAAAAAAUCCUACAAGUUUUCCCUGAAAUUAUUGAGGAAAAUCUUGGAAACUUGCGAUGGAAGCUUUGACCUCCCUCCGGAUGAAGAAAAAGGAAUAUUUGUGAAAACAGUUGAGGAAACCAUCCAACCAAUGUUAUCCCUAGAUGAUACUGUUAUUUUUAAAGAGAUUAUAGAUAGUGUUUUUGAGAAAUCCAACGUUUAUGAAACCAAACAAGGUGAUUUAAGGGUAAAACUUGUAUCUCACUUAGAAAACAACCACCUACACCCUGAACCAAGCUAUGUCGACAGAAUUCUUCAAGUUGAGGAAGCUUUAACCUCAAAACAAAACGUCAUCUUACUAGGUGACAUAUUCGCUGGUAAGACCAAGGCAACUAGCGCCCUCUACAACUUGAAGACCGGUGGUAGGGGAACCUUGGAGAUUAUAAACCCAACAAUCUUCGAAACCCAAGAAUUGUACGGGUUUAUGGAUCACAAAUAUGAUCUUUGGAAGGAAGGCAUACUCACCAAGAUAUUCAAGAAGUUUUCAAUUGUAGACGAUUGUUGGUUGUUGUUCGACGGUCCAAUCCAAAGCUACUGGAUAGAGACCUUGUAUUCUGUUCUAGAUGACAAGAGGACCUUCACUUUAGGUUCUGGAGAUUUUUUAACGAUUAAAGAUUCCAAUUCUAUUCUAUUUGAAGUUGCGGAACUCGAUGAAGCUUCUCCAUCUUUGAUCUCCCGUUGCUCUGUAGUCUUCUUCGAAACAUCCCAACAACCUUGGCUAACAUUGGUUAAACCUUGGAUAAGAAAAAUGUACAACAGUUGGCCAGACACUGUUCAAAAUCUCCUGGAAGAUUUAAUGUUCUGGUUAUUUCCACCUCUGCUGAAAUUUCUCAACGAACAUUGCACCCAAGCAUAUAAUUUGGGAGAAUUCUAUCUGGUCAAAAGAACUGUGAAUUACGUCCAAAUCUUACUGAAUGAGGCCCUUGCUAGGAAGGACGAAGAUCUGAAAAAUGUCAUAAUAUGGGUGCAAGCCAGUGUUCUCUUGGGAAUUUACAUUGGACUCACCGCUACUCUAUCUAGUGAAUCAUCCAUGAAAUUCGACGUUUUCUUCAAGCAGUUAUCGAAGAAUCAAGUACCAGAAUACCCCCUUCCAGAGACUAUCGAAAAAAUUGAUGUCAAUGUCCCAACGGAAGGUCUAUUUUCCGAGUAUUUUUACAUCUAUAAAGGCAGAGGAACGUUUAAGUACACCCCUGAUACUUUAAAAAACGAGAAAGUGAUGUUUAAAACCUACAUAGAUGACGUUAUGGUACCAACAACGGACACACAAAGAACACUUUCAAUUUUAGACAAACAUAUAUCCAACAACUUCCCAGUUAUACUGACCGGACCAACCGGCACAGCCAAAACACUCUGUAUAAAACAUUUCGUCAACCACGUCUUGGAAAGAUCGAAAUAUACCUCAAUUUUCUUGAAAUUCAUCCCCAGAUUGACAUCCAAACGAUUGCAGAAUGGGAUACAAUCGAAUUUUUUGAAAAAUAUAUCGUUUGACUGCGAAAAGGAGGUCAGGAAAAACCUGAUCGUUAUUGAAGACUUGAACGUUGUGACUUUGAACCGGUAUAAAGUUUCUACGGUGGUGGAAUUUCUUAGACAAACUUUGGAUUAUCAAUUUUGGUAUGAUACCGACAGUUUUGAAAAGAUCCCCAUGGAAAAUUUAGGGUUUGUCGCUACUACAGGGCCACAAGGUGGUUUGUACAGGAAUAUAAGUAAGAGGUUGCUGAAAUACUUCGAUAUCUACAAGGUGAACGAUGUUAGCGACGAAAAUUUAACCAGGAUAUUCUCGAAUAUCUUACAAGUGGAAUGGAGAAAAAAUGGCUUCGCCGCAGACAUAGCUUUGGUCACAAAUUCCCUAGCCAAUGCCACCCUGAGUGUUUACGAAUUCUGCCUGGACAAUUUCAAAACGAGUCCUUUGAAAUUCAGUUACUCCUACAAUGUCUGGGACUUCCUCAAGGUCCUAAGAGGAUUGUUUUCCCUCAAGAAAGAAUCAGCAGACGCCAAUAAGAAAAUAUUCAACAAAUUGUGGAUGAACGAAUGUGCCAGGGUCUUCGGAGACAGGCUUUUAAAAUUAGAAGAAAGGAAUAAACUGUACAAAGAACUGAUGAUCAUUUACGAGCUCCAAUUCAAGGAAUGCUUCAGCGAAACCUUCAACGGCAUCAAAUACCAAGAGAUACCUGAUAAAAUUAAUUUUGGCACCAUCACUUGCAACGGUGAGAGGUACGAAGAGAUGGAUUACGAAAACUUAAAGGAAAGACUCGAAGAAUUCUCCAGGAAAUACCAUUUAAGUACCGGAAUAAAACUGGUGUUGUUCAAGGAAGUUUACCCGAAAAUAAUAACGAUUUCUAGACUACUUUCAAUCGAAAACUCCCACGGUUUACUCUUGGGUGUAUCAGGGACUGGAAGAAAGACCUUAAUCGAUUUGGCAUCCAUCGUACACAACUGCAAAGUGUUCAACCCACACAUAUCAUACUUAUACGACGAAAAAACUUGGCAUAACACCUUCAAACAAGUUUUAAUACACUCAGGGGGCGGUGGAAAAACAACUGCGAUGUAUCUAAACGAAGAACACCUAAUUCACCAAUUUAUCCUACAGGAUUUUAAUUCCUUCUUGCAAAAUGGCGACAUAAUGGAUCUUUUUGAGAUCGAGGAAGAACCCUUGGUCUUGAACAUGGUCAGGUUGGAUGCCCAGUGUGGGAACCCCAAUUUAAACAUAAGUUCCCACGAUGUCUACACGUUUUUCAUCGAGAGAUGCAGGAGGAAACUCCACAUUUUCUUCAGUCUGAACUGCGAACCUUCUACCAUCGAAAUGAGGACUCAACUGUUCCCAUCGCUGGUCAAAUAUUGUACCCCCAUCUGGUUCAACGAAUGGUCCGACGAAGCCCUGUGCGAUAUAGCUUAUAGAUGGACGGAAAACCAAACUUGUGAAACUUCAGUGAAAUUCUUCAACGACGCAAAAUUGGCCACUGGUCAAGUGUUUAAAAUGACCGGUAAGAAGUUCCAUGUUACCACCAAAACUUACGUGGAGUUCCUCCAACUUUACUCCGAUGUAAUAGAGAAGGAAAAAUCGUGUCUCAAAGAGAUAAAGGAGAAUUACUUGACUGGUCUACGAAAGCUGAAAUACGCUGAUAACCAAAUAAAAAAAUUACAAGAGCACCUUUGCGCCUACCAGUUACAACUGAGGAUAAUGUCUAAGAAAGCUGGCGAUAUGACCAGGCAGAUAGCCAGGGAGACUUUAGACGUCGAAAGAGCUUCCGAUCUGGUCAAAAAAGAUGAAAAAGUAGCCAAUGUUCAAGCGGAAGCUGCUGCGAUUCUCAAAGCCGACUGUGAGAUCGAUUUGGCCCAAGCAAUACCGAUUUUAGAAGACGCUAUUCAAGCCUUGAACACUUUAAAACCACCAGAUAUAACCCUGGUCAAAUCGAUGAAGAACCCACCGGACGCCAUCAAGUUAGUUAUGGCCGCUGUCUGCGUGAUCAAAGAUGUUAAACCGGACAGGAUACCAGAUCCUUCAACCGGCAGAAAACUCAUAGAUUAUUGGGGCCCCAGCAAGAGGAUCCUUGGCGAUAUGAACUUCUUGCAGAGCCUGAAGGAUUUCGACAAAGACCACAUCAAACCGGAGAUCAUGGUGAAGAUCAGGAAGGAUUAUUUGUCCCAUAAAGACUUUAAGCCUCACGUGGUAGCUAAGGCGUCCAGCGCAGCUGAAGGGCUUUGCAAGUGGAUCAUAGCGAUGGAUAUGUACGAUAAGGUGGCCAAAGAGGUUGCCCCCAAGAAGGAGAAACUGGAGAAGGCUGAGAGGGAAUACGCGGAAACUCUAGCCAUCCUCGACGAGAAAAAAUUGGAGGUCGUACGUUUGGAGAGGCAGCUAGCACAACUGAACGUUAAACUCCAAGAGGCCAACAAGAAACAGAGUCGUUUGCAGAAAACAGCGGACGCUUGCAACAGGAAACUGGAGAGAUCUGUGAUACUGGUCACAGGUUUCGAAGAUGAGAAAAUUCAAUGGUCCAACGAAGUCGCAAAGUUGGAUCUCAAGCAUCGCUGUCUCGGCUGUGAUGUACUUUUAACCAGCGCCUUCAUCGCCUACCUCUCACCUUUCCCAACCCAAUUUCGAAGGGAUAUGGUGGAGAAAUGGUACAAGCAUUUGAGGGAGUCCAACGUUCCUGUAUCCGAAGAUUGGGAUUUGACCACAACGCUGAUUUCAAACAACGUCGUCCUUCGCGGAUUGCCGCAAGAAAAAUAUUUCUACGAGAACAGCAUCGUGCAUAAAUACUCCCAAAAAUACAGUCUUAUAAUCGAUCCACAUGGUUUGGCUAAAAAUUGGAUACAAAAAACAGUGGACAAAGCUACCCUCCACAUCACCAAAUACGGAUACUCCAAUUUCAUCCAAGACGUUAAACACUGUUUAAAAUCAGGUAAAAUCCUCUUGGUAGAAAACGUCAGUGAAAACAUCUCAAGUUGUUUGAAUACAAUUCUAAACAAAGAAUUAACGAAGGAAGGACACGAAUAUUUCAUUACAUUCAAAGGUGAGGAUAUAAAAUUCAAUAAAAACUUUCAACUUAUCAUGCUUACCACGUUAACAUCCCCAAAUUACAAAACAGAGAUAACAAACAAAUUGAGAAUCAUAGAUUUCACCAUAACCAAUUUUUCCAUACAAACAAAACUAUUGAGUCUUGUAAUAAAAACCGAGGAUCCCUUGGUCAGCAAACAGAUCAGUAUAUCGAAGAAGAAGCAGAAGAAAAACGAAAAUUUGCUGAAGGAAUACGAAGAGAACAUCCUGAAAACCCUGUCAGCGGCUGAAGCCGACUUGUUGGAGGAUAACAGAACUUUGAGGAUCUUAGACGACACGAAGAACAUGUACAAACGCAUAAAUCAAGAAAUUUAUCUACCAGACAAGGUUGUUCCAACUUUUCAAAGACUUGAGGAAGACUAUAGGGAAUUUUCACAUUACGCAUCCACCAUUUUUUUUUGCGUGGAAGAUUUCCUAGGGCAGAACGAGAAAAACAAAUUUCCCUACAAACAAUUCUUGACAGUUUUCAGAAAAUCCAUCCUAGAUGCCCCAUUAUCUAAGGAUCCUACGAAACGUAUUGAAAACAUCAAAGGUUGCUUCACUUACACCAUUUCUAGACAUGUAGGACGAAUAGUCUCUCCCAAACAGUACCUGAGCUUCCUCUAUCAUAUGACUUGUAAAAUACUCAUAUUCAAUGCGCAAAUCUCCCAGGAAGAAUUUAAAUAUUUAUCCGAAAUAAAAUAUUCAAAACAAAAAUCCUUACCCAACAAAAUACUGCAAGAUCUCAACCGAACAACUGAGAAAACGAAAAAUUGGGAUCAAAUGAAGCACCUCCAAAAUUUAAAAGCUUUCCAAGGCUUCGUAGACUCCGCCAAAGACAACCAAACACUCUGGGACAAGUUUUUAAGCGAGAAUGACCCAGAGGAUCAACAAAUUCCUCACCCGUGGCAGAACAACCUGAACGAUUUCCAAAAAUUCCUCUUGUUACAAACUCUCAGACCAGACAGAACCGAAGAAUGCAUGAAAAAGCUAGUUACCCAAGUUCUCGAUGAAAAAUACGUACGUCCCGUAGAAAUAGACUUGGAGAAAUUGUACUCCGAGUCCUUCUGUCUCUCUCCCAUCCUCUUCCUAACGUCCAACGACCGUUCACCCAUCGCCAAGUUAAGAAACUUCGCGGUUAAAAAAAAAUUCAGCAACAAAUUCAGGUCUGUGUGCAUUUCCGAGGGUGACAAUACAAGGGUGGAGGAGGUAAUCGCUAUCGGCCAAUCGGAGGGGUUGUGGGUGUGUCUACUCAACUGUCACCUGUCACGCACUUGGAGAUAUAACCUAGAAAAGAUCUGCGGUCUUAUGACCUUCGAGAAUACGAACGAGAACUUCAGAUUGUGGCUGAUAUCAGAUGUUUCCUUUGAUUUACCUUGCGAUUUAUUGGAGAAAUGCGUGAAGACUGUCUACGAGGAUACGGAAUUUUUCAAGGACAAUCUUUUGAAUUCCUACAAGGACUUCGUGGACGACGUCAACGUAGAAGAGUAUCAGAACUAUUCGCAAGUAACCGUGAGACUUAUAUACAGAAUGGUCUGUUUUCACACUGUCAUCAACUGGAGAUCUAGAUUUGAAGGCAUUGCCUGGAACAAUCCAUUCACUUUCGAAGACUACAACUUGAGAUUCGCUUUAAAAUUCUUACCGAGCAUCAUAUCUAUAUAUAAAUCGAACAAAGCUCUUGAUUAUUUGAUUGGGCAAGCCUCAUACUGCGGUCAAAUAAUGAACAAAAUAGAUUAUGAGGUAGCCGACACUUUAUUUAAAGAAUUCAUGAGUUUGGGGGAGAUUUCAAUCUUCACGUUCCCCAACAAAAACAAUAUACAUGACUUCAUUGAACAUAUUGUGGAUAGAAUUCCUUCAAGGGAAUCACCAGAGUGUUUUGGUUUCAACCAAGCCUGUUUACUCCGAAAAAAUAUACGAGAAAGUUUAAAAUUCACUUUAUACAUACCUUCGAUGGACCAAACAUGGGAUGAUGGUCAUCACGGUGAAGAACUGAAGAAAAUAAUCGAAACAUCAUACAAAUUAAUAAAUGUUGAAAUAAAAAUCGAAACUGAAAUAAAAACAGAACAAAAUACGUUGGAAACAAUCUUAAACCGAGAGAUUGAACAUUGCCUCAAACUGAGCAACCACAUUCUGAAAUAUUUGAAGAUUCUCGAUGUGAUAUUGACAAACAACAGUUUACUUUCAACUGAACUGAAGGAAAUUGUUCGGGAAUUGUUAAUGAACAAGAUCCCUAAGAAAUUCCUGAAAUAUUCUUUUGUAACCGAUCUGAAUUAUUCGUUAUUUAUAAUCAAUUUGAGGCAACGUCUGUUAUUCUUCAAGGAAUGGAAGGAAAAUGGGGUACCGGAAAGUAUUUGGAUAUCAGCCUUCUUUUUCCCAAGUGCUGUUUUAACAGUUCAGAAAAUGUUGUAUGUACAAAAAUUAGGACAAUAUUUGAAUACGUUUUCAAACAUGUUUGAAAUGGUAGGUUGUGAGGCAGAUGAUGGAAUUAAAAUCCACGGUUUAUUUUUGGUGAACGCAAGAUUUGAUUUGGCUGAAAGUUAUAUCGAGUUGUUGCCUUCUAAUGUGUAUUUUGAGGAAAUUACAUCUAUAUCUAUCAAACCGUUGCUAGACAGUGAUAGAUGUUGUUAUAAUUGUCCAGUGUAUAGAACAGACAGACGGAGAGACAGUGAACGUUUCAGAAAUUUAAUUUUUUUCAUUGGAGUACGAUCGAAAGUUCCUAAAAACACCCUAGCUAAAUUGGGAGUAGCUUUGGUAUGUGAAAAACCCAAUGAAUAG